AUACCUAUCUUGACUCAUCUGUUAGCAAUCGUCAUCUAAAUCCUGCAUGCGACAUAGACGAUGAUCCUACAUACACAACCGUCAGCAUGGAUCCCCUUCACAUACGUGGACAUGAGAAUGGUUCAUUUUCUUGUUCUUGGAACAAGCACAAACCACCCGACGAUGCACAUAACGCAUGUGAAUGUCAUCCAUUGAACUCAAACCGAAAUGAUGACCCGUUGUAUUCAGUUAUAAAGAAGAAUACAACACCUGAAGUCAGUCAUCCGAUAAAAAUUCAUUUGUAUGAUCACGAUGGUGAUCCAUUGUUCAAAACUGUGAUAAGAGAAAAACUGGCUUUGACUAGUUUGAAAAAAGAAGACUCACUUCACACCAGUGUAAAACACGAUGAUUCACAUAAUGCAGUUGCACACACAGAUGGCACCCUUUACACAACGGUGAAUGAGAUAGAAUCGCGUUCUUCUGCAGACAAAGGGAAAUAUCCGCUUAACUUACCAGUGCACAAGGAAGACCGAGCUGGUAUAAAUGUGGCGCAAGCUGAUUCACUUGAAGACAAUACAAGCAAAGAAGACCCACUCUACUCAACAGUUUGCAAAGAGAGAACACGUGGUGUGAAAGAUACAGUUUGGAGUAGGGAGGUUCCACCUGCACCACCCUGUUUGACGUCAUGUGUUCCUCAGUACAGCAAAGUCAACAAGAAAACAAAUAUUGAUCGUGAUAAAUCAGAAGACUGAAAUUGAGUGACACAUGUGUUGCAUGGAAUGUAAACAUUUUUCAGUCAGCAUUUACAAAGGCUAAUUAAACAGUUGAGUAUCAAGCAGAACAUUGAUAAAGUGUCCGUUUUAUAAAAUGUCUAACAAUGUAAAUAGUGUAAUUAUGGUCGUGUAUAAUGUUAUAAUUUAUGAAGAUAUGGUUUAUAAAAAUACCCCAUGUG